AUGAGUAUUUAUAUGUUAAAAAAAUCUAGCAUUAAAGUACUUCAAUUUUAAUAAAAUAACAUCUAUUUAUUUAUUUAGUUUAUCUUUCUGUUUUAGUCCAAAAUCUAUUUACUAUUAUAAAACAAUCUAAUAAUCAAUAAAUUGUAAUAAUUCAUUUAUAUUUAGAAUGAAGAGAGGAAGUUUUAAAUGAAGCAUUUAUUAAAUAAAAAAUAUCAUAAUUGUUAUUAUAUUAUAAAUAAUCUAUAAAAUACUGUAGUUCUCUAAUUAUUAAAACCAACUCUAUCCCAUCACCUAAAUUUAAUAAUAUUUUUAUUGAUAUCACAAAUCAUGAAUGAUAUGAUGGUUUGUGAUAUUUCAAAUGCAGUAACAGCUAUAUAUAUAUAUAAUAUUUAAUAUUAUACUUUAAAAUAUGUGAAGUUGUUGCAUGAGGGUGGAUGGGUGUAGGAAGACUAAAAUUUUUAUAAAUUUUAAUAAUAAUUAUUCAUUGUGCCCUUGUUUUAAAACAGUUAAAUUUUUUAAAUGUAUAGUAACAGAUUUUAACUUUAAAAUAAUAUUAUUAUUUGCAUGAAUUUAUAUAUGAUAAUUUUGUAUUUAAUCUUUAAAAAAACAAAUAUAUUAAAUUCAAUAGUUUGA